UUCACGACACAGAAUGAAUCUUAGUGCUAAUGUUCACUGUUCCAGUGAUCAUGCUUGUAGCAGCAUCUCCCAUUCCUAUUCCCGCUCCUUCCUCCAGUCGUGGCUUUGUUAUGGCCCGUCUGCCAGAGCCUGUUGAUUCACCCCUGGCACCCCUGGAUAAUGAAGCUCGUGCGUUGGACUUCAUCGGAACUACUCCUCUGGCACCUCUUGACGCUGAGGCUCGCGACAUACCGGAGCCGGCUUCUAGUGCCGGUUCUCCUUCGGACGUUGAACUCAGAACACUCGAGACUUUACAGCCUGAAAGCCUUGACGAAACAGCUCCGCAAGUGCGAGAACGGGGAUGCGGUCGCUGGGCCUGUCUCUAGGAUGUUCGUCUUUGGAAGUUCAACUUCCAAAGAUAUAGACCUUGGUUAUUUUGACGUCCCCCGGCCUCUCGUUAUCAUGGAUGAUUCCAGUCCCUCAUUCGCCUCAUGCUCUCUAUCUCGCCCGAGUUCUCUCGGGUCCUCGAUUACAUUGACUUAUUACUUACACACAUUGGCUGGGCCUCUCCUAUCGGCGAAUAACUUGCUCUCACUCUCGACAUCUCUGCCUGGUUUGAAUAAUAGGCCAGUUCUCCACGGACCCGGAGAGUACAGCAAGCCUAGCCGCUUUCAGGGUCAUUUUUCCUGUGGGAUUCUGGUGAUUCCAAACGGACUUGCAAGAACCUUAAUGUUGGCGAUAGAAGCCCUAUGGCUUGUCCUGGAUGUGAAUCAAUUGUUCUGCUUAUAAUUGGAUUCUAUGAAAUUACUGUCCUUGUUGUUCGGAAUCGUGUUGGACCUACGUUAUUCUUGGCUAUGUUACUGUAGGUAUUUUUCAUCCACAUCUCUCCCGCCAUGAUCUAUCCUAUCAUACUUAUCAUAUUUAUGUACAUCUUUCUCGCGGUUUCCAUUCCAU